UUCCUGCAGACCUCUGUACUGCCUGAUCAAAAUACUGAUAAUAGACCAUAAAAACAACUCAUAUCCAGAAGGUAAUUGGAAUAGUAAUGAAAAGUUUGCAUGCGUGGACUGACUCACAUGGCUUCAGAAAAAAAGCAAGUGACAGGUUGAUUACUUAGGGAUACUACUCCCAAUGAAAGGAAACAUCAGAGCUCACUAGCUAAGAAGUUGUGGGAGCAAUCUGGAGUUUAAAGGGCUCUUUGAAAUGAUAGUUGAGAAAAGACAAAGGGUACAUUUGAACACUAUUCUGAAGAAAGUCACUGUUUUGUGCUCAUAGAGAAACCGACAUUGAAAAUAGGAGCAAGAUCAAACUUGCAAUGGAUGACCUGCUAAACUCAUCCAGUCAACCUGACCCAGAGACAAUGGAAUCCUUAGGUCCUGCUCUAAGCUACACGCUAGGAACUUUGAUGAUUCUCACAGCCAUUGUGACUAUCUUAGGAAACCUGCUUGUCAUCAUCAUCAUUCUGCGAUCACCCAAGAUCCAGACCAUCACAUCAGGGUUCCUCCUGAACCUAGCCAUCUCUGAUCUCAGUACAGGAAUCCUCCUGCUUCCUUUCGCAGCAGCUGUCCAAUUUCAUCAAGGAUGGAUCUACUCCUCUGAAUGGUGCGGUACACUUGGAUUUGUAUACCUUGUCGUCGGAAUUGUCUCCACAUGGACUCUGGCAAGCCUGAGCAUGGAGCGAUUCAUCGCCGUCAACCAACCUCUGAAAUACCACCAGAUGCUCACCAAGUCAAGAGUGUGGAUUACCAUAUUCCUGAACUGGGCAUUCGCAGUAUUCAUGGCUUCAUUACCUUACAUGUCUGGUAGCAACUACGCAUAUCUUCCUACUUAUGGAUUUUGUCUUCCAGACUUCUUUGAGAAUGGGGUAGUCUCCAUAGUUAUACUGACAGCAGGGAUAUGCCUUCCGUUUGUAAUUAUGUGUUUGGCUUAUAUUUCCAUUGGACGUGUGGCAUGUACUCAGGCUAGGAGGAAAGUCAUAGAGUGCAAUGAGGAUCACUGUGUCUAUGUUUCGCCAAAAAACAAGGAUUAUCGAGCAGCAAAGAUACUUGCAGCUUUGGCAGGUGUAUUUGCUAUCUGCUGGCUUCCCUUCACCUUCCUGUGCAGCUGGGAUACUUCUGGCCAGCGCAGGGUACCACCCCUCCUCACCUCGGUGGCAUUCUGGUUCACCCUUCUCAGUUCAGCCAUCAACCCCUGGCUUUACUCUAUCCUUAACCGCACCUUCCGAGCAGCCAUGCGCCAGCUAGUCACACAGGCUGUCCACAAGCUUCCACUCCUGCGUAACCACUUCCGUGUGGGUCCGGAGGCAGCAGCAGCAUCAGCCGCCCAAGGUGGAGGCAACGCCAGUCUUGAGAUGACGGAAUGCCGUGAUACACAGGGCAAGUGGAACAGGAGAAGCGCAAGUCAGAAGGAGAAGGAAAAGGAAGAUAGGCAUACCGACGAAAGGACUACUCAUUCUUCAAGUAUGUCGAAGAAACAGUUGCAUGAUAAGGAGGAUCAGGACAAGAGACAGCCUUCCCAGCAUAUCACAGCAGUACAAGCAACAAUAGAAGCUGGUCAAAAGGCAGAAGUUUAG